GGCGCUGAGGGAGGCGCGGGGCGAUGGCGGCGGCCGCCGUGGUGGGAGCGCUGGGCCGGCGCCUCAAGGCAACGCUGCGGCUGCCCCGGGCUCAGCCGGGCCCCCUCGGGUUGGCGCUGAACCUGUUCCACAAGGACUUGCCAAAAGCUGAGCCCCUCCAUCAGGUGAAGUUCCUGCACACGACUGUAUCUCGGAGAGGGCUGGAGGAGUUUUUUGAUGAUCCAGGAAACUGGGGAGAAAAAAGCGUCAAGUCUGGGGAGGCAUGGAAUAUAAAGCAGCUGAGGGGCAAGAGCAGUGAAGACUUGCACAAACUCUGGUAUGUCCUGCUGAAAGAAAGAAACAUGCUUUUAACUCUUCAGCAAGAAGCAAAACGGCAACUCAAGCCUAUGCCAAGCCCAGAACGGUUAGAAAAGGUAGAAAAAUCUAUGAAAAAUAUAGAUUUGGUUGUGAAAGAAAGAGAAGUUGCUUUGAGGCUUUUACAAACUGGCCAUGAAAAGCCAGUACCUGGAGAGUGGAGACACGACUUCUUGGGACGCACCUUCUGGUACAGUUUCAAGGAAUGGCCGAUACCAUGGUACUUGAACGAAAGACACAAAAGGAAGAGAUUCUAUUACUUACCUUUUGUGAAUAACUUCAUCAGACUCAGAAUUGAAAAAUUCUUAAGGAAAAGGGAAAGAAGGCAAAACCUGGAGAGGACAAGGCGGAAGGUCUUGGAAAGGAAGUUCCCUCACCUUGCUCUGAAGUCUCAGAGCCAGUAACUUGCUGGAAGAGCCCUGCAGGCAAGUGGUCAGGUGUCUGUGAGUGAACACGAAACAUGUUCUGAAACCACAAACAACUCCACUGAGCAUUCCAGAGCCUCCUCCUUUUUUUUUUUUUAAUACCACGUUUGACUUAAAUAAACAUGAUCUGGAAUUAAAAAGCAGAUUUGGUGUCUAAC